CAAUAAAACCCACGAAGAAGAACUCUGUCAGGAUUCUGUUUGGAUCCUGUUAGCUUGUGUUUGUUCAUUAGCAGCUUUAAUAAUGGAGAAAAGACUGGAUACAGAUAACCUGGAGACGCGUCUCCAGGCGCUGGAGAGUCGACUUUACGGAGAGAGGAGAGUGAAAACUGGGAAACCAGCGAAGUGUGCCGAAUCUUUGUCCAGGAUUCAGACGGGACUGACUAACACCGCCAACAAGAGGGAGCGAGUGAAGAUCCUGCAUAAGAAGAUUGAGGACCUGAUGAAGUACCUGGACCCCCAGUUCACCGACCACAUCAGCGUACCUGAUGCCAUGAAGCUGGAGUUCAUCCUCGCUGAGGAGGACUUCCUGCUCUCCCAGGCUGCUUUGCUGGAGCAGGUCAGCAACUUACAGCCGCUGCUGGACAGCAACUACAUCAGAGAUGUACCUGAACACGCCACCAAGCUGCAGCGCCUGUCUCAGAUUCACAUCAAAGAACAGGACCAAACUGAAGUCCAGUCCGUGGAGGUGAAGAAGCUUUUUGAGGAGUACAACAAAAUGAUGUUCCUGCUGUCCAAGCAGUUCACCCAUUGGGACGAGACCCUGAGGAAGCUGGAGGAGGCCAAAGGCAUCCGGCCUGUGGAGUAGCUGCCGUGAACACAUUCAUGCUUCUGAUGAGGAUGGUGAUGAUGAUGAAGACUACACCAUGGUGGGAGCGUAGAUGUGACAAGUGUUCCAUAUGUAGGCUGUUAUUUCCUGAUGAGUCAGAGCAGAAAGAAGACUCAACUUCUCACUGUUCUGUUUCUAAAUGUGUCCCCAGAAUUUGCUGAAUCGGGUGAUGUCACAUGAAUCAGUGUUUCUCACAGAGGGAUGCUGUACCUGUGGUGGUCUUUAAUCUAUUCACCUGACAUCCCUUCAGUUCUGUUGAUACCCCCCCGCCCCCUCUGUCUGCCUUACAUCACACACACAGCGACGUAGAGGUCAGACAUCGUACUUCUUCAAAUGAACGAGCACGGUGUCUGAAAUACCGCCACCCCUGCCCAGGUACGGUCUCUGUGAGGGAAACACUGAAUACACUGAUAUCACCCGACCUGACCCGGUCCUGCAGCAGAACAGAACAGGGUAUAAAGAGUCUCAUGUGACUCUUCAUCAUGGCCUGCAGGAACCUGCUCCCAUCAUGUGAUGUGUGGCUCAUGCAGCUCCGAGAUGCUGCUGUUAUUUAUUCAGAGACAACAGAGGUUUUUUUUUUAAUGCUUUGAUGUGACGCUGUUAAACAUUCCUGCCCCGCCUCCUCACUGCGAGCCAGUCACAUGACUUCUCAUGCCCCGCCCUCAUUCGCUCUCACGGGCGGCUUUUAUCCUCACUGUGGAGGCCAUGAUCUGUACAAAACUUCACUGAGCUCAAAUAUCAUCUCCAGUUGUCUUGUUAUUUUAAAGGUCACAUGUGGCUGAAUGUGUCAAACAGCAUGACUGUAGUUAAAACAAUAAAUCUGAUCACUUCUUUCUUUGA